AUGUUAUCAGGCUAUCUUCCUCAGGAAAUUUGCAAUGGUGGACUACUUGUAAAUUUCACAGCAAAUGACAAUUAUUUCAUUGGCUCCAUCCCGAAAAGUUUCAAGAACUGGUCCAGCUUAUACAGAGUGAGGCUUGAUAGAAACAUGUUAACGGGAAAUAUAUCCGAAGAUCUUGGAGUUUAUCCAGAUUUGUACUAUAUUGAUUUGAGCUAUAACAGUUUCUAUGGGGAAAUUUCUCCAAAGUGGGUGCGGUGCCAAAGUCUGCAAAGCUUGAAAAUAUCUAAUAACAGGAUUUCCGGAGGAAUUCCUCCACAACUUGGGGAAUCACUUCCGCUUCGAGUGCUCGACCUCUCCUCCAAUUAUCUAGUUGGGAAUGAAGUAUUCCUUUGGAAAUCGGGAGAUCUUUCCAAUCUUGAACAACUCAACUUAGCAGCAGACAGUCUCACUGGAACAAUUCCUGAGCAAUUAAGUGGGUACUCAAAGCUGUUGAACUUGAAUUUGAGCAUGAAUAGAUUCACAGAGAAUAUGCCUUCAGAGAUUGGCCGCUUACAGUAUCUUCAGGUUCUCGAUCUGAGUCAUAACUUACUGAGAGGAGAGAUAAAACCACAGUUUGCAGAAAUGGGAAACUUGGAAGCAUUGAAUCUCUCUCACAAUGAGCUCUCUGGUUCCUUGCCAUCCACUUUUGAUGAUAUGCUAAGUUUGACGGUUGUUGACAUAUCCUACAAUCAAUUGGAGGGUCCUCUUCCCAAUAAUAAAGCAUUCACGGAGGCUCCGGUUGAAGCUUUAGGGAAUAACAAAGGCUUGUGUGGUAAUGCUACAGGUCUGAAGGCAUGCUCAUCUACAAUAAGAAAGGGGGAAGAGCAUAAUGUGAACGUCAUUUGA